AUGGAUCAGCAACGCUUUCUGCAGCAAUUGCAGAUUGUCCUUGAUCCUUCCCAGGGAAACGUCAAGGAGGCCACUGGCAUUCUGCAGAAAGAGUUUUAUAGCAAGCCGCAAUCUCUGGUCAUCUUGACCCAGGUUGCGACUGGCCAUGAGGACCCCAACCUCCGUCAGCUGGCCGCUGUCGAGGCUCGUUCUCUUGUGCAAAAGCACUGGCUGAAGGUUCCCGCGGCUCAGAAGCCCCAGGUCCGUGAGCAGCUGCUUCAUUCUACCAUGGGCGAGAGCUCGGCUCUCGUCCGUCACUCCGUUGCUCGGAUCAUCUCCGCUAUUGCUAAGAUCGAUUUGCAAGACGGGGACUGGCCGGAGUUGCCGAACAUUCUUCUGCAGGCUGCCGCGGGCGGUAACCAGGACGAGAGGGCAGUUGCCAUCUACAUCCUGUUCACCAUCCUGGAGACCCUCGGCGAGAGUUUCGAGGAGAAGUUUCAAGACCUGUUCACCUUGUUCCGCAAGACGAUUCAGGAUCCUGAGAGCGCCGAGGUUCGCAUCAACACCUUGCUGGCUCUCAGCAAGCUCGCCUACCACCUCGAUUCCGAGGAAAACCCAGCGCCCGUCAAGGCCUUCCAAGAGAUGGUUCCCUCCAUGGUUGCUGUCCUCAAAGAUGCCAUUGAUCAGUCAGAGGAGGACCGCAUCAUGCAGGCCUUCGAGGUCUUCCAGACCGUGCUCAGCUUGGACCCGGCCCUUCUGACCAUCCACCUGAAAGACCUCGUCAUCUUCAUGAACGAGAUCGCCGCCAACACUCAGGCUGACGAGGAUGUUCGCACACAGGCCAUCAGCUUCUUGAUGCAGUGUGUCCAGUAUCGCAAGCUGAAGAUUCAAGGCAUGCGUCUGGGUGAGCAGCUGACUCGCACCGCUCUGCAAAUUGUCACAGAGCUCGAUGAGGCCCCUGCCGACGAUGACGAUAUUACCCCUCCUCGGUCUGCUCUUGGCCUUCUGGACAUCCUUGCCCAGAGUCUUCCUCCCAGCCAGGUUGUUGUGCCCCUGCUUCAAACUCUUGGCCAAUACUUCAACAACCCCGACCCCAACUACCGCCGUGCGGGUAUCAUGGCCCUCGGUAUGUGCGUUGAGGGUGCUCCUGACUUCAUUAGCACCCAAAUGAGGGAGAUAUUCCCCAUGGUUCUCCAGCUUCUUGCGGAUCCCGAGCCUAAGGUCCGUCAGGCAUCUCUGCACGCAGUCGCCCGCUUGGCUGAUGACCUCGCUGAGGAUCUCACCGCCGAGCACGAGCGUCUUAUGCCCUUGCUCUUCAAGAACCUGGCCAGCGCUAUGCAGGAAUACAAGGGUGAGGAGGAUGGCCCCAUCAUGGACAUUAUGAAGGCCGGUAUCAGUGCCAUCGACGCCGUCGUCGACGGCCUUGAUGAGAAAGACGUUGCCCCCUACCAGGCUGAGCUUGUGCCUAUUCUGCACGAGCUCUUCAAGCACCCCGACUUCAAGAUCAAGGGUCUGGCGGCUGGUGCCCUCGGCUCGCUCGCUUCUUCCGCCGGUGAUUCCUUCCUCUCUUUCUUCGACGAGUCUAUGCAUCUUCUCCAGGAGUUUGCUGCCGUCAAGGAUAGUGAGGAAGAGCUUGACCUCCGCGCCAGUGUGACUGACGCCAUGGGUGAGAUGGCGGCUGCCGCUGGUCCUGAGCGUUACCAGCCCUAUGUCGAGCCUCUGAUGCGCGCCACGGAGGAAGCCCUCCACCUUGGCCACUCCCGUCUGAAGGAGAGCACCUAUAUCUUCUGGGGUGCUAUGGCCAAGGUAUACUCCGAACAGUUCUCUCCAUUCCUCGAUGGUGUCGUCAAGGGUCUCUUCGACUGCAUCGAACAGGAUGAGGACGACCUGGAGCUUGACCUUGGUGCUGCUGCCAAGGAUCUCAUCGGACAGGAAGUCACCGUUGCUGGUCGCAAGGUCAAGGUCGCCAGUGCUGAUGACGACGACGAGCUUGAUGGUGACAUUGAGGAUGUCGACUUUGAUGAGGAUGACGAUGAUGCCUGGGACGACAUCACUGCCACCACUCCUUUGUCCCUUGAAAAGGAAAUUGCUAUCGAGGUAAUUGGUGACCUGGUCACCCACACUCGCAGCUCUUUCUUACCCUACUUCGAGAAGACCAUUGAGACCGUGAUGCCUCUCGCUGAGCAUCCUUAUGAGGGCGUUCGUCGAAGCACCAUCAGCACUCUCCACCGCUCCUACGCGAUGCUCUUCGCUAUCGCGGAAGAGAGCGGUCAGAUGCCCAAGUGGCAGCCUGGCUUGCCCCUCCAGGUGCAGCCUGCGAAGGAGGUUCAGAAGUUUGGUGAGAUCCUGAUGACCGCCACCAUUAAGAUGUGGGCGGAGGAAGAUGACCGUGCUACCGUCGCCGAUAUCAACCGCAACAUGGCUGAGAACCUUCGCUACUGCGGUCCCUCCUUGAUCGCCAACGAGACUGUCUUGCACAAUGUCAUCCAGAUGGUGACCGACAUCAUCACCAAGCAGCACCCUUGCCAGAUGGAGUUUGGACCUGAGGAAGAGACCCUGGAGGCCGGUGAAGAAACCUCUGAGUUUGACUGGGUUGUGGUCGACACCGCCUUGGACGUUGUGUCUGGCAUGGCUGCCGCUCUCGGAGAAAGCUUCGCCGAGCUUUGGAAGGUCUUUGAGAAGACCAUCCUUCGUUAUGCCAGCAGCACCGAGUCUCUGGAGCGUGCCACAGCCGUCGGUGUUCUCGCCGAGUGCACCAACGGUAUGGGUGCCGCUGUGACUCCAUUCACUGGAUCUUUCCUCAAGCUCCUCCUGCACCGUCUGGGUGAUGAGGAUACUCAGACUCGCUCCAACGCCGCCUAUGCUGUCGGUCGUCUUGUUGAGCGGUCCAACGCAGAUGCUGAGAUCGUGAAGGCCUUCCCCACCAUCUUCGGACACCUUGAGUCCUGCCUCCAGAUGAACGUCUCUCGUCUACAGGAUAAUGCUACUGGGUGUGUGUCUCGCAUGAUUUUGCGUCAUCGUGAGCACGUUCCUACUAAGGAUGUUCUGCCUGUUCUGGUGAACAUUCUGCCGCUGAAGAACGACUUUGAGGAGAACGACCCCCUCUACCGUAUGAUCUGCCAAAUGUACAAGGCUGAGGACCCUACCAUUCGGGAACUGACCCCGCGUCUGCUCCCUGUGUUCCAGGCCGUCCUGACUGGCGAUGAUGACCAGCUUGAUGAUGAACGUCGCGCUGAGCUCAUUGAGCUGGUCAAGUGGUUGAACCAGAUGCAGCCUGGCGCUGCUCCUUGGGCCGAGCAGCUGUGA